CACUCCGCGACUUGUAGUUCCAGUUUAGCAGUGCUGCCUUGUUUAGGAGCAAAUGAAAGAUGCUUUUGAAUCUUUGGUGUGUACAUAUUUCCCCCAAUUAUAACUGAUUCCGGAAUACUUCGUUGAGCACGCAGCGCGAUAACAUUAAAUAUCUCACAUCAGCGGAAAGUUGACGGAAGUCCAAACACGUGAGUCGCCGCGCUAGCUAGCAUCGCGGCUAAUUCUCCCGGUGUAAGCAGUCUGCAGCUCGCAGCUAAAGCACAGAGAGUUAUCAUUCAUCCUCACUGUGGUGGACGAGCCGUGUAGCUGUAGCUGGAUCUGUUUUGAAGCGUGUCGGUGGAAGCUCCCGGAAUGGCUGGCAGCAGGAUGAAGCUGGAGCUCAGUCGUGUGCUUCAGGGAGGUGGUCGUCUGGGUGUCCUGAGGGGGCUCGGCAGGACGGGGCAACACUCACUGGAGCUGCCUGGGUGUCUGCUUUACACGCACUUCGGCACAGUGCCUCACCUCACCCAGGACACCCUCCACACCCUCAGCAGCCUGCCCUCCGUCACUCAGGUCACUCUGUCCAAUGUAGCAGAGCAUCAGGAGGUGUUGGAGGACUUCACAGACGGAUUCGGGAAGUUUGCAGGUCUUCAUGAUACGGUGUUGUACUGUUCGCUUCAUGACCCUGCGACCGUCUGCCCGGCGGGAUACACCACCAACAAGACGGUGUCGGUGUGGGGCAGUGGCGGGCGGAUCGAGCUGACGGCGGCCAAGUUCAUGGCCCUCCAGAAGACGAUACGGCCCGACUGGUACCAGAGCAUGGCGGACGGCGAGACGUGGCAGGUCAACACGUCUCGCAAGAGAGUCAGGAAGUCAGUGGAUCGAACUCUGGCUCACUUGGACGAGUGCCUGCUUCUGCAUGAAAAAUCACAGGAGCUGGAGGGAGUUUCGGUGUUCGGGGUGGUGGAGGGGGGAGACAUCCUGGAGGAGAGGGUGCGCUCUGCCAGGGAGACGGCCAAGAGGCCCGUGGCAGGCUUCUGCCUGGACGGCCUCCAGACGGGCUCCGUGGACCAGCCCCUGAGGACCCGGCUCAUCGCCGCGGCGACCAAGGAGCUGCCGGAAGACAAGCCGAGGUUGCUGCAGGGCGUCGGGCGGCCCGACGAGGUGCUGCUGAGCGUGGAGGCCGGCGCCGACAUCUUCGAGGGCUUUUUCCCCUUCCAGGUGACGGAGCGAGGCUGCGCCCUCUGCUUCGACUACGACAUCUCUCCGGACCCCGAGCGCGCAGGUAGAGCGCCCCCUACAGUGCUGGACCCGGAUGAAGAGAAAGCAGAGAAAGCAGGGGAUUCUCCGCAGAAUGGCGACACUCCCCGCGCUGAUCAAACACAGAUGACGUCCUUCGAGAUGGACCUCAAAGACAAGAGGUACCAGGACGACUUCAGGCCCCUGGUGGAGGGGUGUGGCUGCUACUGCUGUAAGACCCACCAGAGGGCGUACCUGCACCACCUGCUGGUGACCAAUGAGCUGCUGGCAGGGGUCCUGCUCAUGAUCCACAACGUGGCCCACUACCAAGGCUUCUUCAGAGCCCUGAGAGGAGCACUGGCCACCGAUAAACUCGACGUCCUUAAAAGGCGGGUGCUCAGCGACGCAGGCGGACGCACAGAAAGGAAGGAGUGAGGCCGAUAAGUCGGAGAUUGAUCUGAGGAGGGUAAAGGGGCAAAUGCUGUUUUUACCUGAGCGUCACGGUCACAGACGCUCUGGAGUGUGAUCCUGGUCCGCCGCUCGCAGAAUGACUCACUCCAUAAGUUGCUGAAUGUGGUUAAUAGACGAGGACACGUGGAGAGCAGAGCAGAUAAAAGCAGCCAUUUGAUGUUUUUCGCCGUUGGGCCGGUGUCCUGAUUUCACAUCUUCUGGUCCCGUUACCUGAAAGCUGAUGUACUGAAUCUGAGCGGAGGAGAGAGAGACAGUUCAGCAGCCGGAGAGCAAAAGAAACCAGAUGGAAUGGAUUAGCAUGCAACCAAAAGUGUGAGGAAUAUUGGCAGAUUUCUGUUCACAAGGACUGAAUACCUGCCCUGGAAUGACCAAUGUCCUCUGAACUCACCAAAAUAAGAGUACUGAUCAUAGUGACCACCAACAGAUGGAUCAAUUUUCUUUUUUUUUUCAGUAAUACGUUAUGCUUGAAAUAAAUGUUUCUCUCUGUUAUUUUAAUGCUGCAAUGAUCUUUUGUUGUAUGCCAUUGGUAUUUUUCACUUUAAGGACUGAAGCUUUUGAACAUAAAUAACAAUGACAAAGAAUAUUUAAACCCUGCAAGAUAAAAAUUUUAAAAACUCCACUUGUAUAAAAUCAGAAGGAUGCUUUUGUGAAGAAGACAUGCCCGGCUCUUGUGGGAUUACUUCAUUGUUCACUUUAUUUAAAUCAAAUUACGUCUCAUUCCAGGAAAAUGUCAUUGUUUCUCCCAUUUCUACAGAAAACCACAAGUGUUUUUCUCUCAUACAGUAACUUCCUCAAGGUCAAAGAAAACU